GUUCAGGUUCAACAACUAUUUAAAUUAAAAUGCAUUCGAGAGUGGUGAAGGUUUUUCUGGCCGGUCGUCUGUCGUAUGGUGCCGGCCAGCGACUUCAAAAAACUUUGUCGGAUCAUCACUAUCAGCGUUUGAGCGAGCCAGCGAACACUUUGGUGAUUUUAGAACACAAACCGGUGUACACGGUAGGAAUUCGCGAUAAAGUAUAUACUGUCGAAGAAGAGACGAAAUUGAAGAAUCUGGGCGCAGAGUUUUGGAGGACAAACCGCGGUGGUUUGAUCACUUUCCACGGACCUGGUCAGCUGGUAGCUUACCCAGUGCUCGAUCUGAAGCAGUUUCGCACCAGUGUUAAGUGGUACGUAAACCAGUUAGAGUGCAUGGUAAUCCGUUUGUGCGCUGAGUUCGGCAUCGAGGCCCAAACAUCUCCUCAUACCGGAGUCUGGGUCGACGAUCGUAAGAUCUGCGCCAUAGGUAUUCACGGCAGCCGCUACAUUACCACUCAUGGUCUGGCACUCAACUGCAACACCGAUCUCACGUGGUUUGAUCACAUCGUGCCCUGCGGCAUCGAGGGUAAGGGCGUCACCAGUAUUUCCAAGGAGUUAGAUGUAGAUAUCAAGGUUGAUGAUGUGUUGCCGAUCUUCAUCAACACUUUUCGCGAUCAAUUCGAAUGCGAGCUGAUAGAGUUUCCAACCAAGGAAGCCUUGCAGAUCUUACAGGAUACGAUACGAUAGUCACGGUCAAUUGAUAUUAUAAUUAGUAGUAAGUGUUCGCGAGUUUUAAGGAAGCCUUGUCUUGUUCUUAAUUGUGUUACUCUCUGCGAUGUAAUAUUUAAAUUGACGUCUUUCGAUCUUUUAUGUUAAGUAUGGAUAUUUAGAAUUUCGAAAGUUAAUUGUUUGGUGCUUUGAAUUUUCAACAGGAUGUUUUAAAUUGUUGGAUUGUUCGACAUCUUGAUAAAAUAAUAUUAAAUCAAUGUUAAAAAAUUUUUAUAUCAAAGAAACUUGAAAACUGAAGAUGUUAAUGUCCUUAAUCGUGUCUCGAUAAUAUUUUGUAGACGUCUUCAAAUUGAUAUCACAAGUGUUGCAAAACUGAAUUUAAAUUUAUCACAAAAUAUAUCUGAUAUCAGUUUGAAGCCCAUAUAAAGACAAUAUUUUUUUGCAUUAAUAAUUGUUAAUUCUAUAAUAUAUCGAAAUGUAUUAAUUCUGUCAACAAAUUCAGCUAAAUUUAUUUAUUAAUUUCUUUUUUAACAAUUAUUGCGCUUAUUAUAUCCGAUUAAAAAAUAUUAAAUAUGAUCUAUUAACUGCAUUGUCAGAUAUCUUUAAUGCGAUUUGCAUAAGUAAAUUGAACAUAUAAUUUCUGUACACCAGUAGCAAAUUAUCGAUUAUGCGAAUUGUGUUUGUGUGUGUUGAAUGUAUGCGUGCGCAUAUAAUAAAUUUUAUACUAUAUAAAUAAAA